AUGUCAAAGCUACUCAUCGUCAACCCCAAUAGCUCUCAAUCAAUGACCGAGGAGAUCAAAACUUCUUUGACCCCACUGGUAUUGAAAAAACCACUGCUUUCUAUUGAAUACUUCUCCGCUCCCCCAUCAGCACCUCUGGAGAUUAUCGACGUUGUGACUUCCGCGGAAUCUUGCCGGGAGUUCGCGGAAUUGAACCAGUACAUUGAUAGGAACAUCAGGUUGCCAAAUAAGAAGAUUGUGAUCCAAGGGAUCUUUGAUUCGUCAUUGAUUUUUGCCGUGAGCAAGUUUCCUAGAGAAUUCUUGAUCCUCACCUCCAAUGAUGAUUGGGUGAGUAUUUUGAAUGAGUCAGUGCAACAAUACUUUGGUGGAGUGGAUAUCCCGUUUUUCAAGGGGACUUACUCCAGUGGGAUUACUCCAAAGAGAAUCCACGAUAAGGACAAUUUCGUCAAGCUCAUUGAUAGAAUUGAGAAAUUAAUAGAACAGAACCCAGAAGUGAAGGUCAUUUUACUUGGAUGUGCUGGAUUUAGCGGGAUGGAAAGUCGUUUUGCCGAGUAUUUCACUCAUGUUAUUUUUGUUGAUCCAGUGAAAACUGGAUUCAACCUUAUCAAUGCUUUUGGGUAA